UCACGCGAAUCAUCGGGCUUCGACGAUUCGCACGAUCUUCUAGAUGACGCCUUGCCGCAGGCGAUGACCGCACCGGUAUCGCCAUCAGUGCCGCUAAGCGCUAGCAGUCAUUCGGACGGAUGGAAGUACUCGUCGCAGAAGUUGCUGUGGAAACUGAAACCUCGUUACAUCAAUUUCAGUCAUGCAUCGAGCACUUCGUCAUCGACAGAUUCAGCAUGGAAGUCACUGGACAGCUUCACAUGGAGAUCAGUGGAUGGAGCCGAAGUUGUCCUUCGUGGAGCUCGUUUGGAAGCUUUGAGUGAGAUUGAACGAAGUGCUCUUCGCCUUGUCGCUCUACAGCGACUAGCGGUCCUUCUGCCUGGAGUAAGCCUGGCCAAGCCGAAAGCCAUUAGGCAAAAGAGGCAAAAGCUUUUGAAGCCGAACAAGGCUCUGAACGCUGCCGAAGGAAAUCGACGAGUAGGCGGAUAUACUGAGAAACGGCUGUUUGGGGUUUCUCUGGUGACUUGUAUGCAAAAUGAGCGCCGAUUGGAUCUCGAAAGCAGAUGUCGUUCGCUUGACGAUGCUGAAAUCAUGCUGUAUUUCAGAAAUUCUUCUCCUCAACAACAAGCUAAAUCUGUUCGGUCUGAGCCUGAAUUUAUGACAUUGAACGAUCGAAAAUGGCUAUAUCCAUCGACACAGAAUUUGUAUCCUGAGUCAACUCCUUCGUCUCCAGCGGCAUAUGGUUCAGCUCCACCCACUUGUUCCUUGCCUGUCAAGGAUUUUUCGCUGAUCACACAUGCAGAACCGGAAAAGGAAAUUGUUACGGGUCGUUUUAUCAAAAAACAACGUCCUUCCUCCGCUUCGUUUUCGUAUUCGCUUGACGCACCAGUAUCUAGCGAUGAUGCUGAUCCCCACACCCUUCAAGUGCCACGAAUCGUGGAGAAUUGUACACAGUAUCUCAUGGCAUACGGUCUCAAUACGGUCGGACUAUUCCGAGUGGCUGGAAAUGCUAAGCGCUGCCGUCAGCUGAAAAGUACUCUGGAAAAGGUUGGAGGUGGUACGGCCAUUAGUGACGAACUUGUU